GUCGCGAUUUACCUCCACUCACCGAGGUACCGUGUGAGGAGGCAUGGGAUAUCUGGACAUCAUGCUGCUCCCUAUGUUUCUUCUUGACGGGCACGUCCAUCUAGCUGCCGAGAAUAUACCACCGUGAGCUUCCGCCAUGACAAUCACACGUCCAAUCCGCAUUGCUGGUGUUUCGGGCUCCACGACGGACCGCCGCAAUGCAAUGGCCCUGCUGGCAGCCAACUAUGAAAACGACCCCAUCGAUGUAUUUACGGGAGACUGGAUGAGCGAGGGGAACAUGACGGUCCGGGCAGGAAGCAAAAUGAGCGGCAAUCAGGAAGCCUACGAACCCACGUUCCUCGAAGCUCUCGAACCCGCUCUCCGGGAUAUCGCAAAGUAUCGCAUCAAGGUUGCCGUGAAUGCGGGGGCUGCGGAUACGGAGAAGUUGCACGCGGUGGUGACGGAGAUGGUCAAGGAGAAAGGGCUGGAUCUGUCUGUGGCGUGGAUAUCCGGAGAUGAGGUUCUGCCGCAGCUCCUCGAGGCAAAGAAAAGGGGCGAGUCGGCUUUCGAGAACAUAUGCACUGGGGAGAGGUUGGAAGAGUGGGAAUUCGAGCCCAUGUAUGCGCAGGCGUACCUAGGCGGGUUGGGCAUCGCAAAGGCAUUUGAGAGGGGGGCUGAUAUCGUGGUUUGUGGACGCGUCUCGGAUGCCAGUCCUGUGAUCGGCGCGGCGUACUGGUGGCACAAGUGGCGGCGAUGCGACCUGGAUGAACUGGCCAACGCGUUCGUCGCAGGGCAUCUCGUGGAGUGCAGCUCGUACAGCACGGGGGGCAACUACACGGGCUUCAAGGACCUCGAGAGUCUCGGAUGGGACAACAUCGGGUACCCCAUCGUCGAGAUUGCGCACUCGGGCGACGUCGUCGUGACGAAGAAUCUAGGUUCCGCCGGCGAAGUCUCGGUGAACACGCUCACGUCGCAGUUUCUGUACGAGAUCCAGGGGCCGUGGUAUUAUAACUCGGAUGUCACGGCCGUCCUGGACGAUAUCAAAUUCGAUUAUAUAUCGACCAACCGGGUCGCACUUCGCGGUGUGAAAGGCGCUCCGCCGCCGCCGACUACGAAAGUUGGAAUCACGGCGAAGCCAAUGUAUCAAGCCGAGAUGCACUGGUUCCUCACCGGGUUAGACAUAGACGCCAAAGCGCGCAUGAUCGAGAAGCUGAUCAGGACCCAAAUGGGCUCCCACGUCUCCAACCUCGAGCACCUCUCCUUCCAGACCAUCGGCUCCGUACCACGUAACCCCAAGAACCAGAACGCCGCCACCGUCGACCUCCGCGUCGUCGCUCAAGCGCGAAAGGCAUCCGACCUUGCCGGAGCCAAGUUCGCACGAGCAUGCAUCGAUCCCAUCAUGUGCGCCUAUCCCGGCGCGACGCCUCACCUCGAUCUGCGGCAGGCGUUUCCCAAGGAGGUGUUCGAGUACUAUGUCACUCUCCUCCCUCAAGCAACUAUUCGACACCGCGCUCAUCUGGCCAGCGGCGAGGUCAUUGAUAUCCCGCCACCAAGCGUUACGAAGACGUAUCCAAAGCAGCAACCUUCUCAAGAUACAACGUCGGAUAUCGUCAAACUCUCCUCGUUUGGCGAGACUGUACGCGCGCCUCUAGGCACCAUAGUGCACGGUCGAUCGGGAGACAAGGGGUCGGACUGCAAUGUCGGAUUCUGGGUCCGUCAUCAGGACGAGUAUGCCUGGCUGCGGGACCUACUGUCUGUCGACUUUAUCAAGGAGCUGCUGGACGAAGAGUACAAGCGUGGGAGGAGGAUCGAGAGGUGCGAGUUUCCGGGCCUCAGAGCCGUGCAUUUCCUGCUCAAGGAUCAUCUGGAUCGAGGCGUGAGUUGCACGUUGAGUGUGGAUUUCCUGGGCAAGAAUUGUGCCGAGUAUCUAAGGGCGAGGGAAGUCGAUGUGCCGCUGCGGUUUUUGGCUAAGGGGAGGAUAUGACUCAAGGUGAUUGGCUCUUGUAGGUGAUGAGCAGUAAAGUAAAGAUGGAAUCCCUAGCAUUCCAACACACACACAUACAAAUUGGCGAGCGGACUUGCGAAGGAAUCGCAAUGGAUUGCAAUUAGGGUAUCUUUGGUCGGAUUGCAAUUGCGGAAUCUUUUAAACACUGAAACGCGCAAGAGAGGUACUUCAGCAUAGGAAUCAUUUCGCUCGUUCCUAUCUUGUCAGCCUUGACGCUGCCAGGCGAGGACUUACCGUGGAUAUGCACACUAGUGCUUCC